AAGCAACCCUGGAAGCCACACGCCUCCUGCUGGGCUCUCAAGGUGGAUUUCUUGGCUCUUUGGGAAGCCCCAAACCAGCUGGUUGCCUUGUUUGGCAAGCUGGCAUCCCUGGGUGGCUUUCAAGUCAAGUCAUGCGCAAAAAGGCGGCGGGCAGAAGCUGUGCCUUUCCAUCUCUGCUUUGAGGACAAAUAGACUGAAGAAGAAGAAAGAGAAAGAUGGGGACGGUCAAAAGCAAGAGAAGAUUGCCGGAACUGGAAGCCACAGAGGACGUCCAAAUAAUGGAGGACCUGAAAUACCUUCCGGAUGAGCUGCUGCUGCUGAUCCUGAGCUGGGUGCCCGGCCGGAGCCUGGUGAGGGAGUGCCGCUUGGUGUGCCGCAAGUGGAGGGACCUCAUUGACAAGCCCACCCUUUGGAGGCUCAAGUGCCAACGGGACCCUCUGAGCAAGGCGGCCGUGGAAGCCGUCCAGGGCGCGUCCCAAAUAGACUGGCGCCGAAUCUAUCGCCUGCGGCCUUUUGGGAGGAAUCUGAUCAAGAAUCCCCGCGGAAAGAACCAGUUUCAACACUGGAAGAUCGAAUAUAGCUGGAUAGACAUGAACGAGAAGGACAGCAUGGGACGAGUGACGGUCUAUCGCUGCUUUUCACUUGCUGCCCAAAGGUUUGCAAAGUCUCAGGUGGUUGAUUUGCUGGAAGAAGGCUUAGGAGAAGAACUCAUGGACACCUUCCAACCUGACAUUUUUAUUGCUGACUGGUGGCGUGCCCUGGACAACUAUGGGCGCAUCCACAAAAUCGAAGUCGACCUCCUGGCCGCUGACCGGACUUCAGUCAUCUCCCGUUUCCUUGCUGAGCCCAAACCCAUCCUGCAGCCGAACGACACUAAAUACCAACAGGUUCCCUUUGUGCCACCGUUUCUCUUCUUUUGCACAGAGCUUCCCAAAGGGAAUUCCAGGGCUGUGUCUACACACUGUCGAAGGAAUGCAGCUUGGACUGCCCUGGCUCACUGCGAUGGGAUCCCGGGAGUUGUAGUUUAGCCUUUCCUGCCCAAGAGCGCUGUUGCAUCACCAACCUACAAAUACCAGAAAUCCAUCACAUUGUUCUACAGUGUCAAUGUGCCC